AUGUCCUUGCAUGCUCUUUCUGUCAGCUGCCCACUCCGGGUAGUCAGAUGGGAGUUCCAGACCAGCGUUGUCUCCCGGGACAUUGACAUAGCAGCCAAGUUGAUUGGUGCUGGGGCAGCCACAGUUGGUGUGGCUGGUUCAGGUGCUGGCAUUGGAAUGGUGUUUGGCAGCUUGGUCAUUGCUUGUGCCAGGAACCUGUCUCUCAAGCAGCAGCUCUUCUCCUGUGCCAUUCUGGGCUUUGCUCUGUCUGAGGCCAUGGGGCUCUUCUGUCGAAUGGUUGCCUUCCUCAUCCUCUUUGCCAUGUGA